GUCAAGCAGUCAUGCUGACGGACGACCCCCGGCUGGGUGAGGCCCCGGCGCGAGGGCAAAUGGCGGGACCAUUGGGCCGCGCCGGAUCAAACGCGCCCGCCGACUGGACCUGCGAGUCAUGCACCUUCAUCAACAGCCACGUGCUUCACUGCGAGAUGUGCAGUGCGCCGCGGUUUGUCGCGGCAGCGGGUCCCCCCGGUGUCGGGGCCAAGCCCGGCGAGACCCAGCCAGUCCCCGCCCCCGCCCCCGACGUUGUUGACCUGCUAGACAGCGACGACGAGGGCGCUGCCGCCGCCCCUCGCGUUGAUCCAAAGCAAGCGUUGACUGGUCGCGGCGGCGGCGCAAGCGGCGGCGCCAGCGGUCGUCGCGCUGCCGCGCUGGCACCUGCGGGCGGUGAGGACGAUGUGGUUUGUAUGACCGAGGUGGCCGCGCCGGCACCGGCACGAGCAGCGGCGGCAGCGAGGCCAGCAGCGACGGUCAAGCCAGUAUCAGGCAUAUCAACAGGCGCUGUUAAUAGGGGCGAGGACGACGAAGUUGUUAUCAUCGAUGAGCAUGGCGGCGAGGGUGUGGCAGCCGGCAGGGGCCCGCCGCGGGGCGCCGGUGUCAAGAAGGAGUGUAUGGACCUUGUGUCGGGGGCCGCGGCCGGCAGCAGCGGAGGCAUAGCCGGCGGCAGUAGCAGCUCGAUGCGUGCCCGGGGCGAGGGGGGCUCAGGCGUGGCGGCGUCGGGGCAACGGGGAGGCAACCGAGUGUCGCUGGGGGCCUCCAAAUCCGGCCAUGAGUUGUACACGCUGGACAGCUGCGGCUGUACCGUGCCGCUGCACAGCCUGGCGGCGCAGCUACUGCCGCCUCUCGAAGCUGCUGCUGCCGCCGUCGCCGCCGCGGCGGCCGUUACAAACGGCAAUGCCCCAGCGAACGGCAGUGGCAAGCCGGCAGCAGCGGCGGCGGCGGCAGCUGCGUCGUUGCUACAGCUGGCGGCGCCGCUGGUGUGUCCCGCGCCGGGCUGCGGCCGCUGCCUUAGCAGCCGCGAUGUACGGCUGCUGCUGGGGCCGUACGGAUCUGCCGUACUGUUCAGGGCGCUGUGCACGGGCGUACGGCAAGAGGUAAAGGCGGCGAAGGCGGCGGAGCGGGCGCUGCUGGCGGCGGCGAAGGCGGCGGCGGCGGGCAAGGAUGCAGCAGCGGCAGGGGGAGCUGCGGCUGCUCUUGGGGCAGCGGGGGCGAAUGAUGAAGCCGACAGUGCGCUGCAGGCGGAGGAGCAGGAGGAGGAGCAGCAGCAGCGUGGCGGGCGGCGCGGCGGGCGGCGCAGGAAGAGCAGCCGCGGUGGUGCAGGCGGCGGCGGCGGCGGCAGGGGUGCCGGCGGCAGUGCCGGCGCGGCGUCGGGGCCAGGAAACGGCGGCGGCGGCGGGAGUGGCGGCUCCUCAGCAGAUGCCAACCAGCCGGUGCGGCUGCUGCAGCUGGCGCCCUGCUGCCCUGGUUGCCGCAAACGCAUGCUUCCCGCCGCCGCUUUGUCGGAGGCCGCGUUAGCAGCUCUGGAGCCCGGGCGCCUCAGCGCGCUGCUACAGCCGCCGGCGUCAAGCGCGUCGGCAGUAGCACCGAUGGUCAUAGACGGGGCGGGGGAGGCUGGCGGCGCCAGCGGCGGCGGCGCCGCAGCCGCGGGCGGCAGUGGCGGGCUGCCGGCGGCGGCGGCGGUAUUCGAGCUGGGUCCUCUUCGAUCUGCGCUGGCGGCUCGAGGCCUAACACCCAAGUCACUCCCGCCGCCGCCGCCGCCGCCGGCAACAACCCGCGGCGGUCGGGCUCAGCAGCAGCAGAGGCAUCAACAGGCAGGUCAGGCGGGCAUGGGAUCCGGGUCGGAUCCGGAUCAGGCGCAGGCGCAGGCGCAGCGGGUUGAGCUGGCGAUGCAGCUGCGUGCGGCGGUGGGGCCACGGUGCGCCUUCCUGUGCGCCGCCUGCCCCCGCACCCUGCAGGAGCCGCCGGGCGCGGGGCAGGGGCGGGAGCAGGCAGAGGAAGCGGCGGCGGAGCUGCCGAAUCGCGCACGCAGAGAGGCUCUGCAAGCGGAGGCGGCGGAGGCGGCCCUCGCGCUGCAGCUGCUGCGGCGAGUGCGGGCGGUGCUGCUGGGUGCGCGGGACGAGGACGAGGAGGAGGAGGUGGAGGAGGGCGCGGGGGCAGCAGGAGGCGAGGGCGGCGGCGGCGCGGCCGGACGUGGGGGAUUGAAGGGCCAGGGCCACGCAGGCGGCAAGUCAGGCGGAGGAGGCAAGCGUGGCCGCAGCGGCGGCAGCGGCGGCAGUGGCGGCGGCGGCGGCGGCGGCGGCUCGGGGGCGUGGGCCAAGGGUGUGGGGUACGGCGGCAGCGAGCUCCAGUACUACUACCAGUACGGCGGCGGCGGGCGCAGGGGCGGCGGCGGGGCAUUGGGCGGCACAAGCGAGGCGGCGCGGGAGGCGGCGCGGCAGCGGCAGCAGCGGGCCGACGACGAGGUCCGGACAUGCCUGGCAGCCCUCUCGCAGCUCAUCUCCGCCUCCCUUGCCGCCGGCUCCGGCGGCGCUGGGGCCCGGGGUCAGGGCGCGGCAACCGGUGGCGGCGGCGGCGGCGGCGGCGGCGGCGGCGGCGGGUUGGGUCUGGCUAGUCCGCCGCCGGUGCUGCUGGCGGUGCUGCAGUGCGGCGGCCUGCCGUACGUGCUGCGGCUGCUGCUGCAGAACGACUCCAUGUUGAACAUGGCGCAGCGCUAGAGCCUCCACGGCGCCGCCUUCGACUCUACAUGGGUGGGUGGGUGGGUGGCGUAGUUCAUUCCAGAACCCAAAGCAAGCCAACCGAGUAUACCGAACCCAGGCGGGGCAGAGGGGGGAGGGCGGGUUUGGAGGUGACGGGGUUUGGCCACACGACACACGCCACGGGUGGCUGCCGCGAGGGGCACCAUGCUCACACUUGUUCACUGCUGUUGUGUCAGAGCAGGGCUGUGCACGGGUAAUGAGGAACUAAUUUGCCCAAA